AAAGCAAAGGCGAGCCGCUCGAAUCACGUUGCUUUGACGAGCGCGGGUAAGGUGGGUACGAGCGAGAGGGGUUCCGCCAUGACACCGUCCGACCUCCCUAGACCCAUUCACAAGAUUCACGAGCGAUCACCUCGUUCCUUCCAGGAAGCAUCGGUAAGGAAAUACCAGGAGCUUGCGGGCAAGAACUUCUACCGCGACGAAAACUGCUCGCAGAUUCUCGAUUUUCUCUUCAUCGGAAACAUAGAGACGGCCUACAACGAGCACCUGCUGUGCAAGCUCAACAUCGAGAGCAUCGUCGACAUCUCCAACAUGGAGCCGCACCAGAUCCCGCGACACCGCAAGAGCGACUGUCCGUGCACGUGCGCGCUCGAAACCUCUCACCCGCGCGCGCGUCUCUGGUUAGGGGUUGGCGAGAGUCGCAACACGGACAUGCUGCCGUACUUCGAGGACAUAUCGACGUUCAUCGAAGCGGCGCGUCGCAAAGACAAGAACGUUCUCGUGCACAGCCUCGAGGGCGACUCGCGCGCCACCUGCGCCAUUAUACAGUACAUGAUGAAGUACCACGACAUGACGCUGCGCUGCGCGUUCAACCUCGUCAAGAAGCGAUGGCCGACUGUGAACAUGAGCGCCAGCUUUCAGCACUCGCUAGAGAUGUGGGAGAGAAAGCUUCUGCCAGGCGUGCAGGCGUCGAUGACGUUCGAAGAGAUGAGCAGACAGAACGCGUGGAACUGACGUCACGUCGCUUGCUCAGCAUAUGUGAUGACGUCAUCGAACCGAUGUCGCGUCGUUCGCUAGGCGCCGGUGAUGACGUUAAUGAAACUGACGUCAUGUCGUCUGUUAAGCGUAUGUGAUGACGCCUACGGAAUUGACACAUCGAUUGCUAACUGUUCGUGGCGGCCGUCCCCCGUAUCGAUGUCACGGCGUCUGCUAAACGUUUUCGAUGACGUGUGCCGAUUUGCCAUUCUAUUGCCUGCUAAGCGUCUGUGAUGAGGUCAUCAAGUCUGACGUCAUACCCGUUGCUAAACGCAUGUAGUGUCGUCAUCGGUCAUGUGACUAUAGUAGGAUACCAGACUGUAUAGCACGGCACAGCCCGACAGCGUAAUAAGAAGUAUAGCACACCAUAAACCAACACAAUGGCUAACGAGGAUGCGGCGCUCAUCAACUUCCUUUCUGUCAACCACGCCGGUGUUCUCUCGUUGCUCCACAUAAAUGUCGUAGAGCAAUUGAAGGGGAUAUGUACGAAAGCCCAGAAGACUCAUGCGAAAUUCGAAAUGCGAACGGCGAAUUGCGAAAUGCGAAAUGCAAAAUUCGAGAUGAAGAUUACGAGGUCUAAGGUGAAAACACCUGACGGGAGCACUAGAAAGAUGAAUUUUUCUAUGUGUAUAUUUAUGUGAAUUUUUCUAUGUGUAUAUUUAUUAUGUGUAUGGCGGCCAUCUCGA